UGGCGGUAAGCCAGGCAAGAAUGUGGACCUAUCUGAGGGUGAGCUGCACAGCCUGGCAAGGAAGGGGCGCGAGGUGCUCCUGUCGCAGCCCAUGUUGCUGGAGCUGGAGGCCCCACUGCAGAUCUGUGGCGACACCCACGGCCAGUACUACGACGUGCUCCGGCUGUUCGAGUACGGGGGCUUCCCUCCCGAGAGCAACUACCUCUUCUUGGGCGACUACGUGGACCGGGGACGGCAUUCGCUCGAGGUCAUCAGCCUCAUGCUCUGCUACAAGAUCAAGUACCCCGAGAACUUCUUCAUCCUGCGCGGAAACCACGAGUGCGCCUCCAUCAACCGCGUCUACGGCUUCUACGAUGAGUGCAAGAGGAGGUACAACGUCAAAAUGUUUAAGAUCUUCGAAGACAUGUUCAACUGUUUACCAGUGGCUGCCAUAGUAAGCGACAAAAUUUUCUGCAUGCACGGAGGCCUGAGCCCCGACCUGCAGUCGAUGGAGCAGAUUCGGCGGAUAACGCGCCCGUCAGAAGUGCCCGAUUUCGGCCUGAUGUGCGACCUGUUGUGGGCCGAUCCCAACAGAGAUAUCAUGGGUUGGGGUGACAGCGACCGCGGCGUCUCCUUCACUUUCGGAGCAGAUAUCGUUGGAAAGUUUCUGCACAAGCACGACUUAGAUCUCAUCGCCAGGGCACACCAGGUGGUGGAAGACGGCUACGAGUUCUUUGCCAAGCGACAACUUGUGACAAUAUUUUCGGCACCAAACUACUGUGGCGAGUUUGACAAUGCUGGUGGCAUGAUGAGUGUUGACGCGGACCUCAUGUGCUCAUUCCAGGCACUAGAUCAACAGGCAGAGUAUCGUUAG